AAUCACGUGAACAAACAUGGCUGCCACGGGUUCGCAGAUUUGUGUUUUCGACGCUGUUUUAUAGCAUUUCGUCCAAUAUUCUCACCUGACGUCAUCUCAAACUAAGUUCAAGGACAUGGCGAGAUUAUUUCUUCGCUGUGUGUGCAGAAAUAAGAUGUUUGAAAGGACGUUUUGCUCGGAAAAUGCGCCAAACGACCCUCCGGUCUUCCACCCAGAAAGAGUGCUCGUCCUGAGUAAGAUGUCCCGUUACGAGUUCGAGAAGCACAAACAGCCUUACCUCUCGGAGGACGAGCUCAGGAGACGGCUAGCAGCCCGAGGUUCCAACUAUGAAGGUCUGAUGAAGAGGCACAAAAUCCACACCAGGAACCUGGAGUCUGUCACAGAGGCACUCAGAAGCCAUGGUGUGGAGGUGAAGGUCAUACAGAAACACGAGUACACCCCGGAGAAGGUCAACUGGGCUGAUGUCAUCAUGUCUGCUGGAGGUGAUGGUACGUUCCUGAUGGCUGCCAGUCACAUCCUGACCAGGAAGAAACCAUUAAUAGGGGUGAACACUGACCCGUCCAGAUCUGAGGGAUAUCUGUGUCUACCCAAGGAGUACUCUGGGAAAUUCUCUCGUGCGUUGGACAGACUUUUAGCUGGGAAAUUCAGAUGGAGAUGGAGGAACAGGAUCCGCAUCACGCUGGAGGGGUACCAGGUCAGCCACAUCGACCCUGUCGACCUGGACGACCUUGAACUGGGAGCACACGAUCACCUUGGGCCCCACCGAGACUACAGAUACCAGAGUGAGUCAGACGACGAGCGACUGUUGCAUCCGUCGGAGCGGUCGUUGGACCAAACGGAGACGACGGUUCUACCCAUCCGCGCGCUGAACGAGAUCUUCAUUGGGGAGACCAGGGCUUCCAGGACGUCCUACUACGAGUUGUCCGUUGACGGGCGUCGCUGGGAGAAGCAGAAAAGCUCAGGACUGACCGUGUGUACAGGGACGGGGUCGUCGUCAUGGUCCCUGCAUAUCAACCAGCUCACCUACCAGAGCACCAGAGAGAUACUCAGGAUAGUGAUGAGAAGAUACAACAACUCCCUGAUGUUCGAUGCCAGCGAGCCUAAGAUGACCUACACUGUCCGAGACCCGAUCAUCAACGGCGUGUUCUCCGUCAAGAACCCCAGGGGGUUCGCAAAAAGAAUCACGAUUCGGUCGCGCUGCUGGGACGCCUGCCUGGCCGUGGACGGAGGAUUCUCCUUCCAGUUUAACGAUGGAGCGAUGGCGUAUCUGGAAAUCCUCCCCGAGGACGCGCUACGAACUGUGAUCUUGGACUGAGCAUUACAAAACUCUUCUCAAAUACAUUUUGAUGCAGUGGUUUUGGUUACAUUUUAGUUGCCAAAACACAAGCCAAUUUUAGCAAUAUUUCUCACGAGUUAUCAUCAAAUAUCGACAAUGCUACAGUCUUGAAAAUGACGCAGUCGUUUCGGCAAGUUUUGGUGGCCAAAACACAAGCCGAUUUUAGCGGAUUUCCCGCCAGAGAUCAUAAAAAAUUGAGGCCACUACACACUUGAAAAUGACGCAGUCAUCUUCAGCAACAUUUCGGUCGCGGGUGGACCGGAUUCGGGAUGGUCGCGGUCACAGAAGACAAGUGGUCGCUUUGGCCACGUUGCUUAAUGCUUGUGUCUAUGGGGAGGAAAAUCGGGACCUGGUCGCGUAUACAAGUUUCACUGUACUGUAAUUCCUGAUUUUUUCAGUGUACUUUUAUGUUCAGAGUUUUCACGGUGAGGACUGUUACGUGAACUUAUCAUUACCGACAACAAAGAGUACAAGAGUCUUUUUUUACACGCACCUGCUGCCACCGUGAACAUUUAGUUCCGAGAACAAGUUAGAUUUUCUCAGACCGUGAAAGUUUGGUACUGGAAGACAAAGUCAAUUACAGUAUGUGACACAAUGAUGGAGCGAUGGCGUAUCUGGAAAACCUUCCCGAGGACGCGCUACGAACUUUGAUCCUUUACUGAGCAUUACAAAACUCGCAAAUGCUUCUCAAAUUUGUGAUGCUAUACAGAUACAGAUGUGCUAUACCUCACAAAUCAUGCCAAGUGGAAAAUGCAUCCCAACAUUUGUGAUGAUGCAAAGAUCCUUGUGCUGUGUCUUGAGACAGUUUUGCCAAAUUAAGUAAGUCUUCCGCUGGAAAAUACUUGUAGUUUGAUCAGGUUGGUAGAUCAACUGAUGCUCAACUGCUCCUCCAAAUUCACUGCUUUUUGGGAUGUACAGAAAAUAGGAAAUAUGGAAGUUUUUUUUCCCGCAGUUUUGUAUUUCUGUCUUUACUCAGUUCUGUUUAGUCUUUUUUCAGGUCUGUUUUGUUUUAUUUUGUUCUAUAUUUAUGGCCUUUUUCUUUUCCUUAAUUGGAUUUAGUUUGAUAAAACUUGUCCUAUGUGCCCUUUCCAUAUUUUGUAUACACCUUGCUUUUUGAUAAUGAAUGUUUGAAGACUCCACUUGCUGAAGAUGCAUGAGAGUUCUGAAAAGUAAAAUAGAGAUAGUUGUUAUGUAUGAUUGUAUGAUCUACAUAUAUGUUGCAAUAUGAACAGAAUAUUAUGCUUUCAGUGAAAUAAUGUCAUUUGAGGCAUUGAAGAAAUGCAACAUAUCAAUGAUAUGUUAGUAGUCUCUGUUAGACCACACAUAGGUCACUGAAAAAUAGAAAUAACAGAAGAAUGUUUCAUCAUUAUAGUUACGAUUUAGCUUGCCAUGGAGUACAGUUUGUUAUACAUUCUACAUUUUCCAGUGAGGCCUAGGAAAAAAAUGUUGUGUUACCUGUUUCAGUCAUGAAAAGAUUAGGGUCGGUAGGUAGGGAUUAUCUUUUUUUCUUGUAAUACAGCUGAACAUAGAAAACUGAAAAUCAAGAGGACACUUGUCUUUCACUGUCAAACUUUUGUGCAAAAUAGAUACAUUUAUCCUUCAUUAGGACAAGCUGUGUUUUCCUUCAAUAGGAAGCAUGCUGAAUAAAAAUUCUAACUGGAACAUAUAUGUGACUCCACUACCCACCAAAUAUCGGCAGGUUUUUCUAGGGUAGGUAUUGAAACAGGAAACAAUAUUUUCCUAGGUCUUACACAUUCUUCAUUUUCAGUGACCUCUGGAGUCUAGUAGAGGCUAAUAAGAUGGUGAUUAGAUUUUGUCUUGUAUUUGCAUGAAACAAGCUACUGUAUAACCUGGAAUCCAGCUGCGGUCUAGUUGUGGCACGGCCUACCCAGAUCUGGGCCUACCGUAGUUAGUGUAGGCUCUCUACGGGGCCAGUGCAGCUCUCAGCCGCCGGUGUAAUCAUUCACACCCGGUAGCAUUUUCCCCGGUAGGACUUUGCCCAGUGGGAGUUAAGAGGUCCCGUGAAUGGCAAAAUUAACUCCAACCGUGCAAAACUCCAACCGGAUGUGAAAGAUUACCCCAGCGGUGGAAAGACCAUCCUGCCCCGAAGGUAGCCUGGCCAAUCCACGGUAGACUGGAUUCCAUGUUAGCUACUAUAACACGUGUACACAUAGGAGUUGUGUAAUACUGUGCCUUAGAAGUUACAUUUAAAGUGUGUUAAAAUGAUGAUUUUGAUACCUCAGUGUUAUACGUUCUGAUAAUGUUGUGAUAUUAUUAUUUGUGUGAUGCUGCUAUUGUACACAGGUAUACCCUUUAAUACACAAAAGUUUGGGAAUUUGAUUUCAAUAAGUCAUAUCUCUUUGGUAAUUUUAAUAACCGCAUGGUAUUCAGUACCAUAUGAAAGCUUACAUUUAUGACGGUUAGACAUCCAGGUAAACAAUAUUCAAAUACAAUUCAAUCUCUACAACUGGAUUAGAAACGCACAUUUA